AUGGGUCAUUCUGGGCUGAUCGUCGUCUUGAUCCUGGGCACGGCUGUUCUGGGCUACGUCGGAGGUCAGGAGCUGGCGACGGAGGCUCCAGCCGGCGGGCAGACGUGGGCGCUUUGCCCUCCCGAUGACAGCCCGGCGUCUUCUUUGCAGGAAGGAGAGCCCCCGGUGCAGCCCAGAUUUAGCAGCUGCAUGGUGCGCUGCACUUCCCACGCCUACGAAGCCUUCAUGGCAAUGCUGGCGACUGGCGACUUCAAGAGCAUGACGACGUCGCUGAAACUAAACGAAGGCAGGCAAGGGCCAGAUCAUGAAUUCUGCUGGAUGCUUCAUCUCCGUUGCCAGAGAGGCCUCCGUCUCACCAAAGCUUUCGUCCUGCUGAACCUCGAGCAGUCUCUGGACCAGAGCCAGCCGUUCCCUCUCCGCCUCCUCCUCACUGCUCCACCUUGGCCCGACCCUCUCUUGCAACCUCGGUCCAAGAGACGAGACACCCGGCUGCUGAACGGGGAAGCCUGCGGCAUCCGCUUCGAUGUGACGCAGCCCUUCCGGGACGCCGAAGGCGGACGAGAGGCCGAGAUGUGCGUGAAAGUUGUGUGUCCAGAGGGGGACGCCUGCGAGGCCCUGCAGCUGAGUCUGCGCUGCCCGCUUUUCCUGGCCACUCUGUGGCGUAGUUUGCCCCGCCCUGAUGGCUAA